AACACCAUGUGGAAACCCGCUUUCACUGCACCGUCUGUGAGGACUAUGACUUGUGCAUCACCUGCUACAACACUAAAGGCCAUGAACACAAAAUGGAUAAGCUGGGGCUUGGGCUGGAUGACGAUAGCAACAAUCAGUCAGCAGCAGCUACCCAGAGCCCCGGAGAUUCCCGCCGCUUGAGCAUCCAGAGAUGCAUCCAGUCGCUGGUCCAUGCAUGUCAGUGCCGCAACGCCAACUGCUCUCUACCUUCAUGCCAGAAGAUGAAGCGUGUCGUUCAGCACACAAAAGGCUGCAAGCGCAAGACGAAUGGUGGCUGCCCCAUCUGCAAGCAGCUCAUCGCUCUAUGUUGCUACCAUGCUAAACACUGUCAGGAGAACAAAUGCCCUGUCCCAUUCUGUCUGAACAUCAAGCAGAAGCUGCGACAGCAGCAGCUCCAGCACAGACUCCAGCAGGCUCAGAUGUUGAGGAGAAGAAUGGCUAGCAUGCAGAGGGUGGGACAGGCAGCUGGAGGGCCACCUGGUGGACCUAUGGUAGGACUUCCAUCACCGGGGAACAAUGGUACCACGGCACCAAGUACCCCAACAUCAGUGGGAACCCAACCCCCAACUCCCCAGACCCCCACGCAGACCAUGCCACCAGUCCCACAACAGGGAAUGGGUUCAGGUCCUGGUGUCCAGCAACAGCAGCAGCCAGGUGGGAUUCCCCCACAAAGUGGCAUGCCUCCUCAGCACAGCCUUCACCAAUUUCAGCAGAUGGCAGGUGGAGGUGGUGGGGCUGGGGGCAAAAUGAACUCUCCCCAACAUCAGCAGCAGAUGCUUCCUCAAAUCCAGCAGCAGCAAAGCAUGGCAGCUCAACAACUCCAACAGCACCCCAACAAUUUGCCUCCAUAUGCCAGCAGACCCCCAGGCUCCUCCCCAAUCCAUCAAUCCCAGGGCAAACCAGUUCUUGGCUCUGCAACACCUCCACAGCAGCAGCCUGGCGGCCGUGUCACGCCUGGAGGUGUUGGGGGUCAGCAACCUCCUGGUCAGCCACAGGGGCAGCCUCUGCUUCCACAGCAGCCAACAUCUGGACCUCCAGCAGCAGCUGUAGAAAUCGCCAUGAAGAUCCAACAGGUAGCUGAUGCUCAGAGGAAGAUGGCUCUGCAAAGACAAGCUGCACAGGCAGCUGCAGGAAUGGUCCCUCCCCACCCACAUCAUCAGCAGGGUCAAGGCCAACAGAUGGGCAUGGGACAUCCAGGGGCAGGAGGGUUGGUUGGACCUCAGGGGAUCCCACCACAGACCGCAACAGUGGCAGCUGUGCGGGCCCACAUAGAUCAACAGCAAAGUGCUCCACAAGGGAUGAUGGUUAGUCCUGGUGGCCCCAUGCAGCAACAACCCCCUCAGCAGGGUAACAUGCCUCAGGGCCAGCUCCCCACUCAAGUGCAGAUUCAGCAACAGAGGAUGGGCGCAUCUCUUCCAAACCCUCAACAGCAGCAACAGCAGUGGGCAGGCCAGGGUAUGCCACCCCAGCAGAGACAAGCUAUGUUAAACCAUCAGGCCAUGAUGGCGGCUCAGCAACAGCAGCAACAACAACAGCAGCAGCAGCAGCAAAUUCAACAACAGCAGCAGCAAAUUCAACAACAACAACAACAACAACAACAACAACAACAACAACAGCAGCAGCAGCAAGGUGGGGGUGCAGGUAUCCCAGGUGGAGCUGUUCCUGGAGCUGCCGGUAUUCCAGGAGCUGUUGCUGCUGGUGGUAACAUCCCUCAGGCAGCUCUACAGGACCUACUACGGACACUACGCUCGCCUAGCUCACCACACCAACAGCAGCAAGUCCUCAACAUCUUGCGCUCUAAUCCACAGCUCAUGGCUGCUUUUAUUAAGCAGAGGGCCUCAAAGUACAAGGGGGUUCAGGGGGCUCCUGGUGGACCUGGUGUUCCAGGAGGUCCAGGUCCCACUGGAGGUCCUGUUGGUAAUGUCAUGGCAGGUGGGGGCCCACAGGUGAAUAUGAAUUCUGCAGGUUCUGGGCAGCCAGGGAUGCACAUUGGGGGUCAGGGAGGAACUAAUGUCAACAUGGCCACUAUGGCUCAGCUGCAGCAAGUACAGCAGCAACAGCUACAACAACAACAGCAGCAGCAGCAACAACAGCAGCAGCAGCAGCAACAGCUUCAGCAGCAGCAACAUCUUCAGCAGCAGCAACAGCUUCAGCAGCAGCAGCAGCUUCAGCAGCAGCAGCAGCUUCAACAGCAGCAGCAGCAGCUUCAGCAGCAACAGUUACAACAACAACAACAACAACAACAACAACAACAACAACAGCAGCAGAGACCAAUGCUCACUGGUUUACAGCAGCAACAAGUGGCAGCUCUCCAGCAGCAGCAGCAGCAACAACAACAACAACAACAGCAGCAAGGGGGAGGAAGAGGAAUGCAGGGCCAAGGGCCACAGAUGGGAAAUCUCAACACUACCCAGUUUAGAGAGAUGCUCAUGAGACGACAUCUCCAGCAGCAGCAGCAACAACAACAAAUGGGAGUAAAUCAUGGUCAGUUUCAGCAGCCACAACCACCACAGGGACAGGGCUACAUGGGACAGCCCGGGAUGCAGCCUCCUACAGUGGGACAAGGCCCAUCUGGUGGUCCACCUCAGCAGCCCAGUGGUCCCCCAGGCCAGCAGGGGCAAGGUUACCCAGGAUCAGUGACUCAGCAGCAGGCCACAGUUGCACUGCAGCACAGGCUGCAACAUCAGCACCAUCUCCAGAUGCAGCAGCAAAACGCCAUGGCUGGCCUGCAAGGGGGUGACACAGGGCCCGGUGGGGGUGGUGGUGGAGGUCCCCAGCAGCCAGCUCAGGGCCCUCAACCCACUCAAGGUGGCCCCCCACCUCCGUCCUCUCAGGCCCUGCUCCAACAGGCCCUGCACCAGAGGUUGCUCCAGCAGCAGCAGCAGCAGCAACAGCAACAACAGCAGCAGCAGCAGCAGCAGCACCAGCAGCACCACCUGGGCCCCGGCAGCUCACCAGCCCAGCACAGCAACCCUAUGAGUCCUCAGCAGCCACAGCAGAUGGCGCCGUCCCCACACCUGCAGGGCCAGACACUGUCCACAUCGCUCGCCAACCAGGUGCGAUCCCCACAGCCUUCUCCUAGACCGCAGUCCCAGCCGCCGCACUCUAGCCCAUCCCCGCGCAUGCAGCCACAGCCUUCCCCACAUCACAUCUCACCUCAGAUGCAGUCAGGUUCCCCACACCCGGGCCACCUGAGCCAGCACCACCCUGGAAUGGGAGUCCCUCCACAACAACAGCAACAGCCAACGACCCAGCAGCAACAGAACUCUAUGGAGCAGUUUGGGUCAGACCAGAGUGCUAUGCUAUCUCAGCUGAGUGGCAUGGCUGGUCUCCAUGGGCCAGGGGGCAGUGGUCAGGACCAACUGGGCCAGAAUAUGAAUCACAACCCUUUAGACAUCAUGUAGGAAUUCUACCAAUGUGUCAAGCCGAGCUGAGACGCUCAGUGAUUCUCUGCACAAACUGCACUCACCCAGGACAGUGUUAUUGUUUUUACUUAGCCUUUCUUUUUUAUACUAUUAUUAAAUGUUAUUUAAAAUGUUUUCAAUAAAGAUGCAUUGAACUGAACUUCCUAUGGGAGAUGAACAAUAAAUCAGUCGUUAAAUAAAUUAGAAUAAAUGAAUUGUAAGUUAUUGCUGUUAAUAUAUAUUUUUUUUGCCAAGUGGGGACAAAGGGGGGGAGGUUUUUCUUUUAGCCUCCUCGCCUCCAUAUCUUGCAGAAUAGAAGAAAGGUGAUAUUUUUGGGAGUGGGGGGGGGGGGAUAGGAGUACUUGCCUCUUUUUAAGAAAUUUUUUUAAAGGUUUUAAACAUGGUCAAGAUUUAAGGGAAAUGAUUUAAUACAAAGAACUUUUUUUAUCGUUUUUGUUUCCAAUCAUUCAGUCUGUUAAUUUCAGUUUUGCAGAGUGAUGUGGGCUAUUAUUAUUAAUGUGAAUCCAAACAUGAUGCAUAUCCUCUUUCAAAUGUUUGGGUUUGCUUUAUUUAUUGUUCUUCUGAGCGGGUGGGACAAGGACGUCAUGUAAUGCGAGACUCCUUAAAUUCAUAUAGAAAUAUAUUUUUGUUAUCGACUGCUCGGGGGGUGGGGGGGGUGAUGUUAGUGCAUAUUUUAUUUCGCUGUAGAUGUCUUUAGUCAGUUCUCCAAGUGGGAAUAAAGAAAUGUCAGUGUUUUAUUGCAGUGGUUGAGGGUCUGCUGUGAGUUUGACGUGUUGAACGGACAUUUUGUGAAGUCUCAACCAGCAUCUGUGUUGGACGUCUGCCAUGCUGGAAGGGACGAAUCCCUCGCAAAAGAUGCAAGCCCUCUCCCUCGAAUGUGUGUGCACUCCUUCCUUUUAAAGACACUUAAUAUGGAGCAGUGGAGGAUUGGGGAGGGGGGUGCAUACCUGUGUGCCUGCAACAUUUUGAGUACAUGAGCUGGGAUGUGGAUAGAAAUAGGGUGGGGUGGGCUCCUUUUUAGUGUUUUUAGGAUUCUACUGUUCUGAAUAGACAGAGGAUUUUGAUCCAAAUGAACUGUGUUGCACAGAAAUGAGGAGAAGGGAGGAGAUAAGAGAAGUGGGUCUCCGUCUCUCUGCCUCGUCCCCUUUGCUGCUUCCCUUGGACUUUAAAUCCCAAUCCUCCUCUAGAGGAAGUUGAUCUCCUUCCUCCUCAACUCCAUCUUUACCUUUAUGAACUUUGGGAUUUUAAUUUAAUAUUUUUUACUGUACAAAGAAACACAAACUGUGGACUCAAAUACUGUUUUUUAUAAUAAAAUAAAAAUUACCAAUAGUA